GUCUUUUAGCUUGAAGCCCACAAACCUGAACCCUAAGCCAAAAAAUUCACAGGCAAAAAUUACUCGUCAAGCAACUACCCCGAAUUUUUGUGAGGAACUACAACUUGAUCGAUCUGGCCGUCGACCAACUUUCCCUCUUCAACCUUCGUAACCCGCACAUUCAAUUCUUCGUCAAUCGUCAUCACUCCGACAAACCUUCAAGAUGGCUGUCCCAGGAACCCAAAUUUCCAAGCGCAGAAAGUUCGUCGCUGACGGUGUCUUCUAUGCCGAGCUGAACGAGUUCUUCCAGCGCGAGCUGGCUGAGGAGGGUUACUCCGGCGUCGAAGUUCGCGUCACCCCCACCGUGACCGACAUCAUCAUCCGCGCCACCCACACUCAGGAGGUUCUCGGCGAGCAGGGUCGCCGCAUCCGAGAGCUCACUUCCCUCAUUCAGAAGCGAUUCAAGUUCCCCGAGAACUCCGUCUCCCUCUACGCCGCCAAGGUCCAGAACCGUGGUCUCUCCGCCGUCGCCCAGUGCGAGUCUCUGCGCUACAAGCUUCUCAACGGCCUUGCUGUCCGUCGUGCCUGCUACGGUGUCCUUCGCUUUAUUAUGGAGUCGGGUGCCAAGGGUUGCGAGGUCGUCGUCUCCGGUAAGCUGCGCGCCGCUCGUGCCAAGUCCAUGAAGUUCACCGAUGGCUUCAUGAUCCACUCCGGUCAGCCCGCCCGCGACUUCAUCGACAGCGCCACCCGUCACGUUCUACUCCGCCAGGGUGUGCUCGGAAUCAAGGUCAAGAUUAUGCGCGGUUCCGACCCCGAGGGCAAGGCCGGCCCCUCCAAGUCUCUUCCUGACGCCGUCACCAUCAUCGAGCCCAAGGAAGAGUCCAGCAUCGUGACUCCCAUGAGCCAAGAUUACGGCGCUAAGGCAGCCCAGAUCCAGGCCCAAGCCGAGGCAGCUCGCGCCGCCGAGGAAGGUGGCGAGGAAGCCGCCCCCGCGGAGGAAUAGAUUUGAGCAGUCGGUGCUGGACUCCUCAAACCAAUCUGGUAAAUUCUGGUAUUGAACACGGUUAAAGGCGAGAGAUGAACACUGUGACGAAGGGACGUGGUUUUUUUUGCUCUUACGAAUGACUCUACGAGGGCAAAGAAAAGGGAAGAUUACUUCGGCGUACUUUGAUCAUCAUUUGCAUUGCAGGGACGGGAAACACAAACCGAUGGGUUGCGAUUCUUCUAGGUCGGCCGACGCGAUGUUGAGCUGGACUAUGCUACGAUAAUAGCAAAUCGUUACACGAAUUUCCGAGAUUUCUUGUGACUUGAUUUCAUGAUGUGCUAGUGAUAUGCUUCGAUUGGCAAACGUGGAAUACUUGCUUAUAGGGGAUUAUUCAACUUCUUGGCUUCUCUGACAUCCUGACUAGGUAAGUAGAAGGUGAAUGUUGGUGAUAAUUACCAUCUUUGUAACAGCGAUAUAAAAUCUACAUAUGUCGAUAUAAUAGAGGUAUCCGAGUUAUUAAGAUAAAUUACAUUCCUUUCCCG